AUGAAGCCUCAAGAAAAAAUGAUGCACUAUCGUUGUAGCCAAAAUCAUCGCCAUAACACUUCUUUGAUUAUUGCAAAAGUUCAGGAUUUAGAGGGGCAGCAGGUGGCAACAGCACAAAAAAUUAGGACAAUCUUCACAUCCUAUCAACUAGAGGAGUUGGAGAAAGCAUUUAAUGAGGCCCAUUAUCCCGAUGUCUAUGCAAGGGAAAUGCUGGCAAUGAAAACAGAACUUCCUGAAGACAGGAUACAGGUUUGGUUUCAGAAUCGAAGGGCCAAAUGGCGGAAAAGGGAGAAGUGCUGGGGCAGGAGCAGCGUAAUGGCAGAAUAUGGGCUGUAUGGUGCGAUGGUACGUCACUCCAUUCCACUGCCAGAAUCCAUCCUCAAAUCGGCCAAGGAUGGUAUAAUGGAAUCCUGUGCUCCUUGGCUGUUGGUUCAAGAUGGCUUUCCCAUGCCCAGGCGCUUUUCUAAACCCGAAUACCAACAAUUCUUUUUAGGGAUGCACAAAAAAUCUCUGGAGGCAGCGGCUGAGGCAGGAAGGAAGCCGGAGGUGGAACGCCAGGCCCUGCCCAAGCUUGACAAGAGUGACAAGGAAGAAAGGGGCCCAGAUUCCAAAAGCACCAUUUCCCAGGAGGAACUGAGAGAGAACAGCAUUGCUGCCCUCAGGGCCAAAGCUCAGGAGCAUAGCACCAAAGUCCUGGGGACCAUCCCGGGAGAUUCUUCUACCCCAGUCAGGAAGCCAGAGAAAGAAGACGAAGCAGUCACAGCAGAGGAUGAACGGCAAAUGGAGAAGUCAGAUUUAUCACAAGAGGAAGAGAAGCUGGUUUAGAAGGAAGGGAAUGAUGGGAAAUCUGCCACCUCUCCAAAGACUGACUCCGCUAGGAGCUGCA